AUGCCUCGUGGCGGGGCUAUAGGCAACUAUAGCAAUGAUUCACUGAUUGCUUUCGAUGAAUCGCUUUUCCAUGUAUGCUGGCGUCGCCAAUCAUGCUCGUCAUGCCUAGAAGGUGAUGUUCGCUGCAGCUGGUGUCCAAUAUCAUCUAGCUGCGUGCCCAACCCCGUACGCCUACCUAUCCUGUCACCCAUAGGCUCUGCCCACAUCUGUCCACUUGGCUCCGAGGAGAGAUGGGAGCUUCGGGCUCAGCCAUUUGGAUGCAAUGCUAGCACUUUGACAGUUCUAUCCGUCAUGGUGUCAAUACUGGGAAUGCUAGUAACUAUUGGGGCCGGAUGUGGCAUACUAUACCUUGCUAAGUAUGCGCGGCGUCGCUGGGAACAACCAACUCAUGAGCCUCGGAGUGACCAUGGGCAAGAUUGUUCACUGGCCACUUUGUUGAACAAGUCUCUGACAGGAGUGUUUGGAAAGAGCCGCCGGAGACAUGGACAGAGUCAAAUUUUGGUAGAAGAAGCUCAAGACAACGAUGAGACGAGGCCAUUGCUCCAGUAG